AUGGGAGUGAUGCAGACGCCUCCGCCGCCGACGACGACCGCCGUCCAAAAGCGCAAGGCUCUCGGCAUCGACUCACUCCUCGAGGUUUCCGCCUGACUCAGCUCUCCUCUUUUAUCGCGACGCCUACCGUAUCCUUCAUGGGCGACCGACUGAACCUUGAGCACUAAAACACAAAUUUUCGAUUGACUCGCUCUAGUAGUGAAAGAUAAGAACUUAUUUCGAGAUUUUGCAAAAAUUAACUGAGCCGUUUUUGAAGCUCAGAGCAAAUACUUAAUUUUAUUGAAUUACGAAACCUUUAUAGAGGGAAACUUUGUCGAACGUCCAAAAAUGAAAGUUCUUUCACUUUAUGUGAAAGUAUUUCGGCUUAUCUCGAAUCAAUCGAUGAAAAAAGUUUUUUUCGAAAAAAAAAACAUUAUUCCCCUUGCAGAAACAUAAUUUUUUUCAAGUCUUUGCUAAUAAGUUAUAUUUUUUUUAGUUAUCAAAGCUGAAUGCUCUUUUUUACUCUGGUGAGAUGCAGAGAAUAAAUGGCAGAAAAAUAAGUUAAAGCGCAUUAAAAGUUAAGGCUUCAGGCAUCAUAUGUGUGAAAAAAAUAAAAACAUUUUUGAUUUGAAAUUUAAAAAAUUGUAUACACACUUAUUUCACGGCCAGCGAAAUUUGCGUAGUGUGUACGUGAAAGAUUGUCCGAAUAAUGUUUAGCUCUAAAUUUUCAAACAUGUCGGCUUUUUUUUUAAAUUUCAGUAUUGUUUUUUAUUAGAGCAAGGCAAAACACAUUCUUCUAUAACUAAUAUUUCAUCAUCUACUUUUCAAGUUUUCCGGAUGGCCUGAUCAAUCUUUUGAGCUGGAAAAAAAAUAAGUUCGUUUCUUUUGACAGGAAUUCUCUUCAGGCAAAGCGUUCCUGUGGGAUGAUUGCCUUGAAAAAAGAACUCGCGGGACUGAUCGAACGCAAAAAAGAGUUUCUGAUGGCGCAGCGACGGGCUUCGCUUCUGGUGGACGAGCGGAUGACCGACGAGAGGACCGUCAUGAACGAGUUUGUUCCUUGCGACUUCCGAAAAGCCGGGAAGAGUCCUGCAUAACUGUGCAUUGGGUUCAAAACUACGUAGUUCCUAAUCACCGCACAGUUAUCACUUUGUGUUAUCUCGUCUAGGUCUGAUUAUGUGAUGGAAGGCAAAAAAAGAAUAAUUCUAGAAAACUCGAGUGCAAAACACAUGAAAACUAAAGAUAGAGUGUCUUUGUAAUUUUUCAAGCCAAGAAAAAAAAAACGAGUCUCUAUACCGGAGGCCACAGUGAACGAUUUUUUCCAAAAUUGUAAUGUAUUUUAAAAUAAAAUUUUGACUCUUGUAACCCUGAGAGACGGAAAGUUUCACGAAACGUAUUUUCUGUUUGGAAAUUUUUUUUAAUAUUCAGAGAUCCUGAAGUUUUUCAAAAAAUUAAAACAAUUAGUUCUGUGAAUACUGAUAUCACAAAAGUUUACAGAUUCGCAGAGUUUUAUCGCAAAGUUUCGUCGGCUCCGAUGGCUGUGGAGGAUCACAAAGAACAAAUGAAUCUCAUCAACCACACGAUCAAGGAGUAACUUGCUAGAUUCGACUGAGUCAGUUCAAUAUAUGAGGUUGAAGGUCCGUGGUGAUCGAAUGGCCGCGACAAGUGACGGGGCUCUCCGGCAAGGCUUCAGAUGACGUCGUCGAGGUCGACUUGGCUCCUCUAAUUCAUCGCGCUCGAAACGUCGUCAAAUGUCGCACCAGUCAUCCGACGAUGCGCGUCAAGUGAGUCUCAGCUGUUUCUCUGUUUCUAUCGAGACCAAAUUUCGUCAUUUGUCCUCAGUUUGUCAAAGUUGGGCGUUUCCCGGAUGCUGACAUUGACACAUCUUGCGCUGAGCUUCGAAAUUAAAGAUAACGAGGCCAAAACCGCAUUAGACCCAGGAAAACGCAAAAAAACUCCUCUCUUGAUAUUUGAAAUAAUUUUCGAAAUGAGAAUUGGUGCUGUUUAUUAGGAAGAUGAUUGAAAACAAAGAGUUUGGCGGCAUGUGGAAAUUAGAAAAAGUGCAGACUUUCUUGGGUAUGUCCUAGAGAAUUUUAGAACUUUCGAAAAUAAAGAAAUAUUACUUCAGGGUGUAUGCAAUAUCAAAAGAGGACGGCGCGAUUGGAACUCAGCCACGAACCAUGGAAGCCUUCUUCCGUGCAAGUCUUGUGAAGUUGGCCAGCGACGGAGCAGACUCCAGGUUAGUUCAUAUACUUCAUUCACCUCUUCGGACCAAAGACGUCUGAACCUCGUUUUUUCGCGCAUUGCUUCGCUACUUUUGUAAAAUGAACACCACCGCUUUAAUUUCGUCUCAAAUUAACAAAUUUUGAACUGUCAGCAGUUUUUUCAUGUUUUGCUUGUAGGUGCUGCCAAGUAGCCGGAAAGAUGAUUUUGACGCAAAGAGAAGGGACCGCAGCCACCAAACUUCUCGACCAAAGCGGGGCCACCGUCAACUGUGAUGGCAAGUUGGUGGCUAGCCAGGUGCACGCAAAUAGUUUCUGGUAAAACUGCGCUGUUUGAGAGCUCUCCGGACGCCUCCGCGCUGGUUCUCCUGGAACAACUGCACGAAAAAGCAGCCAAGACUACCACGUUGAAAUACGAGAAUGGAUUCUUAUGUGCCACGUUUCCAGAAAUGGUAAUUAUGGUUUGCAUCUGAAAGUGGUGGUCUUCGCGAAUUUCAAGAAGCAUAUUCCACUCGCGACGACUUGAAAAGUUGAUUUCUGUGUCCUCUUUUCUCAUGAAAUUAUGAAAAACUAUGUACGCAGAAGGACGAGACGAAGGACCGUAAGACCAUGCUUUCAACUCUUUCGACUACACGUUUGGACUUCUAGCUCGCCAAAGGCGGUUGUUCGUUAUAGCUUUCAAAGUUCUUGUUCACCGCCUAGUCGAUACAUCUAUGACUAAACCAACAAAAUAAAUGAUUUGAUUGGUUGAUUGAUAGAACCAAGAAAAGUCAGAUUUUUUUGUCUCUCCCCACUUUUUGCUUUUUUUUGGAAUAAAACGCAAAUCUACUUGAUAUGAAAGUUUCUUGACCAAACUCCUUGACAACUAAAUAUAAAUAGUAAAAACUCACAAAAAAUUAUAGAAAAGGAAAGAAUAUCUCAAAAAGAAUAUCUCAAUGGUCAUGCUUAUCGAAGGGACGCAGGUGAUUCACCUGAAAGGAUUAAAAGGAGCUGUUGAGGGGGUGACGCUGAACUCGAUGGUGGAUCGACGGCAGCUCGCGACUCGCUACGCCAUCCAGGUCGAAGUCGGCAUCAACGUCGACAACAAACUCAUCGUCAACCACGUCUGUUUCUUUGUGAUUGGUCGCUCCAGAGAACGCGGCCUUUAGAUCACUGCCAGACAGACCCUUUUCGAAGUUUUGGCGCAGUAUGUUUAUAGACAAAGCGCCUCAGAAGCGUUAUCGCUUGUUUUCGACAACACGCUCCUUUUCAAACGAAAACGAGAUAAGCGCCAAAAGUUGAAGCGUUGAGUUCGACUAAUCAAUUAUUAGAACGCGUAGGCCCAAAACUUGAUUUGUUUUAUUAGAUCAUAACGGAAAUCGUAAGUUUUUAACAAGACGGGAUUUUGAACUGAAUGUUUCACAAGUUUCAAACGACUAGAUUCGACACGUUUCUUGUGAAAUGAAUGAACCAUUUGUGACAAAGCCGAAAAAAUUAUGAACCAGACUGAAAAGAUGAUUGAAGUUGGUGGUAUCGCAUCCGUUUCUGAUUGCCAUCACAAACGACCAGACGGAGCCACUUCUGCACUCCAUCUUCUGGCAUCGUCUCGUCCACGCCGAUCACAACGUCAGUCAGCCAGUUCGAUUUCUAGGCAUCAUAAAUCAUCAUAAAGAGAAAAAUCCAAUCAACUCUCAUCGACAUGAUGCUAAACCACGCCCCUUUUUCUCGGGACUGUUCUAUCAAGGUUUUAUUUCAUUGGUUUUUUUAAAAAAUAAUGAUUUACUACUUUGAGAACCGAAAUACUAAUGGAAGUUCGAUAAAAUGCUGCUAGCAAGAUUUAAAACAAUAUUGUAGGUACACAAAAAAACUACAUGAUGAUCCUCGAUAUAUGUACAAAGUUCGCCUUUUAGGUUAACUUAUUUCAAAAAAUGUAGGAGCCAACUGAUUCGAGCGUCGAUCACACGCCGAUUCCUUGGGGCCUACUUCGGAAGGCUUUACGCAGCUUCGUCAAGUCUCAACUCGUCCAGGCUCGAUUUCUUUCUUUCCACGAGCUAUGCCACAUACAAGGCAUGAUUUUGCUUCCCAGGCAAGUUACAAUAAGUUGAAUAGAAAUACCCUUGGAUUUUUUGAGGAUCGUACAAUGUAGGACCACUGAGCAAGUGAGCGCGUUGGAAACCUCUCUUUUUGGGAACCUCUCCCAGCCUGCAGAAUGCGACGAAAACCCUUCGAGACAUCUUCGAAACCGAUUGCUGAGUGAAGAAGUUCUCCCAACAACUUUAAUAGAGCGCAAAGAGUUCAUGACGGUGAGCUAAACGCAAUCGGGGAGACUGUGGCCUUGCUCAGGACAAGUGCUACUCGAUCCUCGACAUGGCGACCGAACUCGGCCACUCAGUCUGGUUCUGGCUCUUCCGUGCCACCGAAAUGAUCCAAGUUCGUGUUGUCUUUUUUUUUCCUUUUCUCUUCAUUUGACCCCAAACUCAUGAUUAAGGAAAAUAUGAGAGAUCAAAUUCUAAUUAGUCUGAAAUAAUUACAAUAAUCUUUUGAUAUUGAAGAAAUAAUUUGUUUUAUUUAUAAUAUUCAAUGAAGAUAGCAGACAAAAAUGGCUUCUGCCGUUGAAACUGAUAAUGAGAUUUUUCAACCAAUUUCAUAGCUUUAUUCUCAUAUCAAAUCAUAACUAUCUUUUUCAAACCUUCAAUUUUCAUGUUUCUUUUUGCUUUUACUUCAGCAACAGCGUUUGUAAAGCGAUCAAGUUAAUUUCUAAGUUAUUAUUUUUAUUAGAAGAAGGCUCAUUUUUUUUUACUAAACGAAUCAAUCAAUAUCAAUAUUUAUUGGUUGUUUUAGUCAGAUGGUAUCGACUAGGCGGUGAAAAAAUUGCUCUUUUUAGCGGCACUAACACCGCCUUUGGCGAAAAAGAAGUCAAAACGUGUAGUCGAUUGAAUUGAAAGCAUGGUCUUACGGUCCUUCGCCUCGUUCUUCCACAAGUAGAUCCCUCCGUUUCGCGGGUACGGGCACGGCGGGGAUGGUAGGGCCCGGGCACGGACACCGUGUACACUCUAGGGUAGCCUCGGAAUGCCCAAAAAGAAAUGUUUUUUUGAAAAAGAUAUGAUUCGCUUUAUGUAUGUACUUUCAAAUAAACAGGUGAGAAUGCGAGAAAGGAUUCCGACCAUAAGGUUGAAUCUCACGCUUCGUAUUUCACUUCCUUCGAAGAGGAAUCAAUUUAAGGACGUCGGUCACCGGCUCAGUCCUUCUCCCAACGCAGGAGACAAAAAAUCUACGAAGACGAAAAAACAAUUGGCUGCUUCGGACGAUUACCAAACCAUGCUAAGCCUUUUCAACAAACAGUAGGUGUAGGAAUAACUCCAAACGCAGAAAAAGCUUCAGAAUCCUAACCUUCUGCUCAAUUAGAGACGUCCAAAAGGCUUUUGAGAAGUGCGACAGCAAGGGCGAUUCCAUUGCAGUUCGAUUCUGCGACGAGAACGCCGGAUACUUUUCGUUUGUCUAUGGAGUCGAGAGGGGGUUUGCCUUUUUUGGAUUUUCAAAAGAUGUUUUGUUCAGUUAUAAACCUUAGCUCAUUUGAAAUUUCGUCGGCGCCAUAGUUUAAUAAAACGAUUAUUUUCUAGCACCAGAAAAGUAGGAAUAGUUUUACUCUUUUUAGAAGGAGGUCAGGGAAAAACAAAUUAUAAACUUAAUAUGCUUAAAUUUUUAAAAUUUUCUUACUCGGGCAAUUCGGGGGAAAAAAAGUGUCUGCAGUGUGAGCGCUGUUUUGUGUAAAUGAAUUAUAGGAAAAUAAACUGAACAAUUAACUCACUUUAGAGAAGAAAUAUUUCAGAAACUGACCUAUGAACCCCCUUUUUCAGGAAGCCUGUUAUGGGUUCGAUAUCUUCAGAUCAAGUCAAGGACUUUAAGCAAGGCCUACCUGAAGUUUUGUUCGAUGAAAGCUUCCCAUCGAGGUCUCUCCCAAAAAUUUAUCUUUCUGAAGUUUGGGUCAAGGUACUCCCAAAUGAUACGUUUUGAAGCUUCGUCGCCCGAUGAAAAAUGUUUCGCACCUUCGUUACUCUUGUGAGUCUAUCCAGCUUGGUGGAUCUCCGAAACCCAAACGUUCAGGAAAAGAAAUGUGUUCCACAACUACGUGACGCAACGGUCGAAGCCCAACAGCGUGCCGAUUCUGGACGAGGAAAGCGUCCGCGUCGAUGCGCUGAGUGGCGUCCAACUGGCGCGAGCCUCGCCGCCGCCUCCACAGGCGACCGGUCUGCCCAGCAGUGUCUUCACUUCUGUCGCUCAGAACAUCGAUUGGUCCUUGUUCAGCGAAAGUGAGUAAAACUAACUUAUUCUCAUGGCCAAGUUCUUCUCAGGCAUGGGAAAUCUCGGUUUUAAUCAAGGGGUUCUGCCGCUGAUGGGCUCGAACAACAUGGACUUUGCUUCUCUUCUUAAACUAAUAACUCACGAGCCGUAAGAUUGGGUUAUUCCGAAAAAGUAUCAGAGUUUGAUGCAGAAGCGAAGAGCAGAACGAUGUUGAUUUGCCGUCCACGUCGGAAGAGACCGUGUCUCCCGCUUUGGACUCGGGGCUCCAAAAGGCGUUGACGUCAUCGGCUCCAAGAAGAGCGGCCGUCGAGGAAGAAGAAGACGAAGACGGCGACACUCCUACUACGAUGAGCAUUGCCGAGAUGUUGCUCAGGCAGUACCACGAGGAACACGGGGGCAGUCCGUCUUCAUGA